GACGCCCCGAACGGCAAUCUCUUUGAUUUGGCGGAUCUGUUGGCCUUUAGAAUCAAUCAAUUCUAUCCCGAAAAGGCCUUAAAUUCUAUAUCCACUGAAAAUAUCAGACAAUUGGUGGAGAAUUUGAUUAGUAUAGAGCCGAAGGAACGGAAACUAAGCUCACAAAUACUCGCAGAAAUGAGUGAUUCUGUGUUUCCCAAGUAUUUCGAUUUGCUUUACGAUUAUUUGCGACAAUUAGUACGCCUUCCGCCCGACGCGAAGAUCAUACGACUCGCUCAAGACAUGGACGGCCUGUUGGGUCCGAUCCUCGAACAGGACGCACAGGGAUUGCUUCUCAUCUUAGUUGUCAUCACAUCAUCAAUGCGUGCACUCAAACACAUUCACUGCAAAAUUUUGGCUCAACGCCUGUCCUGUAAGAUAGCGAAGGCCUCUCCAGUCAUGUCGGCGUUCAUAACAGACAGACUAUUGCCUUAUUUGUUGCAUUCGCUCAAUGAGACCGACCCCAGAGUGAGGGCCGAAACAAUCAUUUCAAUCACCUAUAGUUUAGAACAAGUGACUAAAUUACCCGCAAGUGAUAAUAAUGUCUUCACGGACUAUAUUCUUCCAGUUUUGUGUCAGGUGGUGUCGGACCGGUCAGUGUUCGUAAGGCUCACAUUAGCGGCAAACAUAAGCCGUUUAUCAAAAGUUGCGCUCAAUUUCUUGGGUCAAUCGUGUGAUCAGAACUACGACGAAGAGCUGUCUCUGCUUCACGACUCAUUCCAGUUGAUUGUCUCACAACUGCUCACCGAUUCAAACAAUUGUGUCCGACGGACACUACUGUUGACGCCCCACAGCUGUGCCAACCUUUGCGUCUUCUUUGGCAGACAAAAGACUAAUGAAGUGAUUCUCAGUCAUAUCAUUACGUUUCUCAACGAUAAGAAUGACUUCCAAUUGCGCGCCUCAUUCUUCGACAACAUAAUAGUGAUCGCAUCAUAUCUGGGCUCUCAGUGCUCCACAAUUCUUCAGCCACUCCUUCAACAGGGAUUAUCCGACGCCGAAGAGACCAUUGUUUACAAGACCAUCACAUCUCUCGCGUCACUUAUAGAACAGGGAUUACUCAAAAAGAGCAUAAUCUAUGAGUUGGUCAGAGAAGCGUUCCCACUGUUGGCUCAUCCGAACCAAUGGAUUAAUAACGCGUUGAUUGCAUUGGUUCUAACCCUAUCAUCACGUCUUUCGUUGGCUGACAUCAACUGCAAAAUUAAGCCAUUAAUCGAUCCAAAUCUUCAGCGAAAUAUCCAUUCAUUCAAGAACGCAGAUCUGCUGAAGGAUUCAUUUCACCCAUCGAUUCCCAGAAGUAUUCACGAAUUGAUACUGAAUUCGAAGCUAAAUAUCGACAAAUUAUUUGAGUGUUUGGCGCAGAGGAAGGCGUUGCGAACGAUUCCACGCCAUCACCAGUCGGCCAUUGUCUUUGAAGACGCCCUUUACUUACGACUCACUCACGAGGGUAUGACCGAUACGAUUGAAGACCAAUUGGUGGCGCUCUCGGACUUAAUUAGAAAGAUUAGCAAAAAUAAGAAGAAUUUGGUGCCCAAGAAGUUGUCGGGAGGCAUAGCUAUCAGCAAACGAAACACUAAUCGCAGGUUCUUUAGCGUCACUCUUCGUAAUGCGGGUAAUGAGAGGCCGACCCAUAAGAAGCAGACCUCCACUAUGAACGAGGAAUGGCUUCACAUGUUUGGCUCAAACGCCAAAUUUGUCACUUCCAACGACGACGACGCCGAGAAUGUGAUACCUGUGGCACACGAGGCCCGCGAAUACGAUCAGUCGCACAUCCAGUGCCCGCCCUGUCAUCAGGCGGUCAACGAUCUGAUCCAACAUAAGAGAAGUCAUUCAAAUCCAUUGGCGACAAUCAAGUGGCCGAAAGUGACUCCAUUCAAGCCAAAGGGUGUAUUAGUGGCACAUCUUCACGAACACGAGUCCGCUGUUAAACAGGUGUUAAAAGUGUCGGAUUCCUCGCUAUUCGCCACCUGUUCCACAGACGGAACCGUCAAAGUGUGGGAUUCGGCCAAAAUCGAGGGCAAGAAUGUGGUGAACCGAUCGAGAUUCAACUUCAUCUCCCAAUCAUCACUUAAUCCACAAGCGAUGGGAGGAAUGACUUAUUGCAAGGACUGUAUUAUUGUCUUCACAGACACUAAUUUGGUUCACAUUCUGGAGAUUAUAUCGAGUUCUUUGAAAAUGAAAUUAGUGACCACUUUUCAGGUCUUCCCUGACAUCGAGGGCUCAAUCAUUACAGAUAUAACCUCUUUGAACGAAAACACAUUCGCUAUAUCUCUGUCCGACUCAUCAAUACUAGCGUAUGAUAUCAGGACUCUUAAGACGGACCAAACGAAACCCAUUUGGAAGAUGAAUAUAGAAGCGCACGAAAGACUCAUCACUUCCAUCGAUGGCAACGAUUAUGACAAUCCGUCGGACUUCUCCUACUUCUUUGACACAUCCCGUCGCCGGUGCUGUAAUAUAGCGCCCGAACGGUUCGCUAUCGAUAGCUCUGUAUUACAGUCGGAUGUGUUGAACACGACUCAAACGAUCUCAAGCCAGUCAUCC